AUGAAGGACACUAUAGUUCUUUAUCCUGCUCUAGGUAGUGGACAUUUAAUGUCUAUGGUUGAAUUAGGCAAACUCAUAGUAACUCAACACCCUUCAUUUUCCAUCACAAUUCUAAUUCUUACACCACCCAACAAAAACACCAACAACAAAGACACCACUCUUUCUCCCCAAGAACACUACAUAGCAUCAGUUUCAGCCACAUUUCCUUCAAUCAGUUUUCAUUAUAUUCCUCCAAUUUCACUCCCUACAAAACUUCUAACACAUUUUAUUACCUUUGAAAUCGCUCCACAAAGCAACCAUCAUGUUGACAGCAUUCUUCAAUCCAUUUCCAAAACCACAAACCUCAAAGCUGUUAUCUUAGAUUUCUUCACCUAUAGUGCCUAUCAAAUAGCCACAAAACUUGAAAUCUCCACUUACUUUUACUACACUUCAGGUGCAAUUGCAUUAGCCACUUUCCUCUAUUUGCCAACACUUCACCAAAACGCUAAGAAACGUAUUCAGGAUCUUCACAUGCCACUUCGAAUUCCCGGUUUGCCAAAGAAUUUUACAACAGAUGAUUACCCAGAUGAAUUGGAUUCUGAGAGUGACGAAUUCAAGAUUUUGCUUGAAUCUGCAAAAACCAUGACAAAAAGUGUUGGAAUUAUUGUGAACACUUUUGAUGCUAUUGAAGGAAAAGCACUUGAAUCUUUAAAUAAAGGAUUGUUUGUUCCUAAUGGAACUACUCCCACAAUUUUCUCUAUUGGACCUCUGAUUACAUCUUCUUAUGGUGGAGAUGAAAAUGGGUGUCUGCGUUGGCUCGACUUGCAACCGAGUAAAAGUGUCGUGUUGUUAAGUUUUGGAAGCAUGGGGAGAUUUUCUAAGGCUCAAUUGAAAGAGAUAGCACUUGGUUUAGAAAAAAAAGGAUUUUUGGAGAGGACAAAGGAAAAUGGAAUGGUGGUAAGAAAUUGGGCUCCACAAGGUGCAAUAUUGAGUCAUGAUUCAAUUGGUGGGUUCGUGACUCACUGUGGAUGGAACUCGGUGUUGGAAGCAGUUUGUGAAGGUGUGCCUAUGGUGGCAUGGCCUUUGUAUGCUGAACAAAGUCUGAACAAAGUGAUUUUGGUUGAAGAAAUGAAGGUGGCUUUGGAACUGAACAAGUCAAAAGAUGGGUUUGUGAGUCGAAUUGAAUUAGGAGACCGCAUUAAGGAAUUGAUGGACUCAUAUAAAGGAAACGAGAUUAGACAAAUGGUUUUCAAGACGAAAAUAAGUUCUAAGGAAGCAAGAGAUCAAAAUGGAAGUUCAUUUGUUGAUUUAACCAAGUUGAUUCAAUUGUUCAAGCAAAAAGAAACAACAUCAUCUAGUUGA